AUGACGGCUAAAAAACAAGAACAUCUACCAGUAGUACCAGUUGAAAAUAAGGAAUCUGAAACUGUUGAAUUGAAGAGACGAUUAACUCUUUGGAAUGGUGUUGCCAUUGUUGUUGGCUCCAUUAUUGGAUCAGGAAUAUUUGUGUCUCCAAAAGGUGUACUUGUCGAGGCCGGUUCGGUUGGGUUAUCUAUUAUAGUAUGGGCAGGUUGUGGUAUCAUAUCAUUGGUGGGUGCGUUAUGUUAUGCUGAAUUAGGAACUACCAUUACUAGAUCAGGUGGUGAUUAUGCCUAUAUUUUAGAGGCUUUCGGACCUUUUCUUGCCUUCUUACAACUAUGGGUCAAUUUGAUAAUCAUAAGACCCACAGCUCAAGCCAUAGUAGCAUUAACAUUUGCCUAUUAUUUUCUACAACCUAUAUUUGAUACAUGUGAUCCACCAGAUGAUGCUGUUAGAUUAUUAGCUGCAUUAUGUAUCACUUUAUUAACUUUUAUCAACGUCUACAGUGUGAAAUUAGCUACCAGAGUACAAGAUUUCUUUACAAUAGCUAAAUUAUUAGCUUUGAUAUUUAUUAUCAUUGCUGGAGUGGUGAUGAUGGCUCAAGGUGAGGUCGAAUAUUUUAAAAAUCCUAUGAAAGGAACCUCUACAGAUGUUGGUAAAAUUUCAUUAGCCUUCUACUCAGGACUCUUUGCUUAUGCUGGAUGGAAUUUUUUAAAUUUUGUAACAGAAGAAUUAAUAAAUCCAUUUGUAAAUUUACCAAGAGCCAUCUAUAUAUCAAUACCUAUUGUAACCAUAGUUUAUGUUUUGGCUAAUGUAGCCUACUUCACUGUUGUAUCACCCUCUGCUAUGUUAGCGUCAAAUGCUGUCGCUGUUACAUUUGGUGAAAGAAUUCAUUAUUCAUUAAAAUACAUCAUACCUAUAUUUGUGGCACUCUCUACAUUUGGAGGUGUCAAUGGUCUACUCUUUACUUCAGGAAGAUUAUUUUUCGUUGGAGCUAGAGAAGGUCAUUUACCUGAGUUGUUAUCUAUGAUACAAUUACAGAAAUACACUCCCUUUCCUGCCAUGUUAUUUACGGAUGGGUGGAUGGGUGGUAUGUCUGUAUUGAUGUUGAUAUCUAAAGAUAUAUAUUCACUCAUUAAUUAUAUGAGUUUUGUACAAUGGCUAUCUGUUGGUGGCUCUAUCUUUGGGAUGUUGGUUUUACGAAAGACUAAACCUAAUAUGGAACGACCAAUCAGGAUGCCUACUUUUAUACCAGUAUCAUUUUUGAUAGUAGUUAUAUUUUUAUUAAUUGUACCAUUAUAUGCUGCACCAUAUGAUACUGGUAUGGGGGUACUAAUAGUAUGUUCUGGUAUACCAGUGUAUAUAUUAGGUGUUAUGUGGAAAAAGAAACCUGUGGCCUUUACUAAUUUUGUUUACAAUAUAACGAAGAAGAGUCAGAAGUUAUUUUUGGUGGCGUCAGAAGAUCAAUCAAAAUGUAGUUAG